AUGGAUAACAAUAACAACAAUAAUAAUAAUAGUGAAGCCUAUACAUCAUGCACAGUAUACUGUUACAAACUUAAAUCGGUUCAGAAUACAUCACCUGCAUACUUGAACUCACAACGUGCUUGUAUAUUGAAUGAUAGUACAUCGUUGGUGGCAUCAGGCAAUAGACUGUUUAGGAUAGAUGUGCAGUUCCCCAAACAGGUGGUGAAGAACUUUACAAAGAUCAAAGGCAUCCCAACGCCAAUAAUCCUCGAGGAUGGCGCCAUCAAAGAGACAUCGAUAGACAUCGCCACCAACACACACAUCAAGCGAGAGAUACAAUCGGUGGUUUCCAACAAUGAUUAUAGUCGUGUUGGUGUUAUCGACUCGCAUGGCGCUGCCGCCAUUCUGGACAGCGAGUUCAAGACACUGUACUCGCUGCCGCCCGUGCCCAGCGCUGUCGAUAGCGGCUGGUCGGGCAUCAGCUUCGACCCAAAGGACAGCUCGUUGGUGGCCACAACACGACACUUUGAGCGUCAACUGCACCUGUACAAGGGCGACCAACUGCUCACAUCAUUCCCACUGCAGAACAACCCAACGCAGGUGCUACAUGUCCGCGAGUCACUGAUCGCCGUCACCGAGAACAAUCAACUCAACAUCUAUGACAUCAGAACGAACAAGCCAGCACAUCUUCAGAAGUUCGCGCUCACACCCGAGCCUCUGUACACUCUGUCCGCAUCGGUGGAUGGCGUGAACGUGGGCGUUGGCGGUGCCGCGCGCUCAUUCGCCGUGUACGACAGUCGCAAGUGGACCAACAUUGGAACAUGGGCCAGCUGUCUCAAGUAUGAGGUCAGCUACUCACACUUCUCGGAGAAGCACUCUGACGUUGUGUAUCUCAGCGGUCUGGACUCUGAGAUACUGGCAGGCGAGUGGGAUGGCUCGGGCGUGGCCAAUCACUUCAGUGGACUGCGUGUAGACUCGCGUUGGGUUGGUGUCAGCAAGCUCAAGGGUCAAGAGUCACUGUUUGGAAUGACAUCAUCAGGCAACAUCUACUAUGUUCAUGAUGCCGACAGACUCUACACGCCACCUCCCGUCACUCUGAAACACAACUUGAAGCCCCAACAUAACAAGGAGAAGAAGAAGCCAAAGAAGGACCAGCAGCAACCACAACAGGCACAACAGGCACCACCACAACAACAACAACAGGAUCACGACAUGGAUGCUCAACUGUAG